UGCAUGUAAUGCAAUUGUCGCAUUAAAUUAAUGUCUUACAUAAGAUGAAUUUCACAACUUAUAUAACCAAGCUACUACUAUGUAGCCAUUGUGUAAUUAAGCACACAACAAAACAAAGGAUGUCUUUGGUGACUGAGGAAAUCAAAUUGAAAUCAGAAGUAUACCAUGGUCACCAAAUAUGUGAACUGAAAUACAAAGAGCUUCUCAAAGUAAUGGCUCUUCCAAACAAUCUUUUACCAUUGAAAGACAUCAAAGAGGUUGGUUACAACAAAGAAACAGGUUUUGUUUGGCUGAAACAGAACAAAAGCAUAAUACACAAGUUUGAGAAAAUUGGGAAACUUGUUUCAUAUGCUGCUGAAAUGACUGCACAUAUUGAACAUGGUAAGGUCAAGAAACUCAAUGGUGUCAAAACUAAAGAGCUUUUGAUUUGGAUCACACUUAGUGAUAUUUAUGUUGAUGAUCCACCAAUUGGUAGUAAAAUCACUUGCAAAACUCCUCUUGGAUUAUCUAAAACAUUUCCUCUUUCUGCUUUUGAGGUUGAAGAAGAGAAGUCAAGUGAUGUUCAACGUAAAUAUCACUGAAACUGUUGCAGCUGGUGUCAAAGAGGUCUAAUUUUUCUUUUAUUUUUGCUUGCUUAUGUUAUGAGUGUAGUGUGCCUAAACCCUUUUUUAUUUGUAUUCAUGUAAGAAAUAUGGAUGAUAAAAUACCAGUUUCUGCUAAUAA